AUGGAAUUUAUGGGUGGAGAGUCGGCGAAUCCGAGAAAGAGGCCAUAUCGUGCUGAAGAUGAGAAUAACGAAGAUAGUGGGAUGGCCACUGCUGCGGAAGGUUUCUUCGAAGCACUUUGGGAAGCUGGUGUCACCCAUUGUUUUGUCAAUCUAGGCAGCGAUCAUCCGGCCAUGUUGGAAGCGAUGAUCAAGGCAAAGCAAGAAAAUUCGUCCAAGUUCCCUACCAUAAUUACUUGCCCUUCCGAAUUGGUCGCCUUGUCAGCAGCUCUGGGGUAUGCUCAAGUCACAGGAAUUCCGCAAUGUGUAAUAGUGCAUGUGGACUGCGGUACUCUCGCCAUGGGACAAUCUAUCCAUAACGCCUCAGUGGGCAGAGUGCCGGUUCUGUGUUUUGCUGGACUAAGCCCCUUCACCCAGAACGGCGAGCUUCUCGGCUCAAGGACAGAAUUCAUUCAUUGGCUGCAAGAUGUGCCUGACCAGGCGGCAAUAGUUCGGCAGUAUUGCAGGUACUCGGGUGAAAUUAAGACUGGCCGUAAUAUCAAAGAGAUGGUCUAUAGAGCUUUGCACUUUGCAAUGUCCGACUCUAAGGGACCAGUAUAUCUUACGGCCGCAAGGGAGGUGCUCGAAGAACAUGUGGAUAGGCAAUAUCUUGGGGAGGAGACACUCAGUCCAAUCGUUCCCAGCGCAUUGCCCGAAUCAGAGGUUGAACUGAUUGCACACGCGCUCAUAAAUGCAAAGAAACCACUUGCUAUCGCAGGAUAUCUCGGUCGUAAUCCGCAAGCCCCGCCCUUGUUAGCAGAGCUCUGUGACAAGCUACCAAUCAAUGUCCUUGAGUCAGUUGGGUCCGAUAUGAGCAUGCGCACAGAUCACGAAGCCUAUAUUGGCGUUACCAUCACCACACACCCGGCGGUCUGUGAGGCAGAUGUUAUCUUAAUACUGGACUGCGACGUGCCUUGGAUUCCUACCGCGGGCAAACCACAGAAGGGCACGGCGAUAUUUCACUUUGAUAUUGACCCGCUUAAGCAACAAAUGCCGCUGUUCUCGAUCAACGCAACUCGCAGGCUAAAAGUCAGCUGUGAGGUUGCACUCCGGCAACUAAAUGCGUAUAUCGAUAAGCAAUGUAUUGAAAGAGCAAGUUAUGCUAUGGCAUUCGAGGCGCGCGCGAAUCGCUAUUUGCGCUGGAGGGAGGAUCUACGAGCCCUGGAGUCCCCUUCAGCGGACGGCACGAUUCGUGUUCCGUACCUCGCCUCCAGACUGCGACACCACCUUCCGGAUGAUACGGUUUACCUUGUUGAAGCCGUUAGCAACGCAGGUCUCAUUAUUCAACAUCUUAAUUUGACACAGCCGGGAACCCUCGUUGGAAGCGGCGCCGGUGGCCUAGGGUGGGGGGGAGGUGCGGCAUUAGGUGUCAAGCUAGCCAAGCCCGACUCGUUUAUCUGUGCAAUCGUUGGGGAUGGAACAUUCCUCUUCUCGCAAAUGGAGAGUGUCUACUGGAUUGCUAGGCGGUAUGCGCUCCCAUUCCUCCUGGUCGUGCUAAAUAAUGGAGGAUGGAACGCACCGAAGGUGUCAGCAUUGCUUGUACACCAGGAAGGGUUGUCUUCGAAGUCCAAUAGGCGAGAUCUUAAUAUAUCCUUCGAGCCAUCCCCUGAUUACCCAGGGAUUGCCACUGCAGCCGGUACGGCUUGGGGUGUCACACUGAAGGAACAAGAUAGGCUAGACUCAGCUAUUCAGGAAGCUGCUAAUGUUGUCCGAGGAGGCAAAUGUGCAGUCAUUGAAGUUUCAGUUCCGUCAGCGGCUUGGGAUUGA